AUGAUGAAUGCUUUGGCUCUGGGCCUCGUUCUGACCUCCCUCCUAACCGCCGGCUUCUUCUCCCCGACCCCCGAAACCCGGCAGCAACCGUCGGCGAGCGAUGACGUCAUCGUCAAAGACGGCCACCGCGUGGUGGUGGUCGAGUUCGAGAAAGACGACGGCGGCCACACCAAGGUCCUGAUCUCUCCUCCGGAACACGAAUCCGAAAUCACCGGAAAAUCUGAAAUUUCAGAGCCGAUGAAAUCCGACGAAAACGAAGAAGAAGAAGAAGCCGCUCCUAAAUUCCGGCCUCGGGAGCUCGUCUGCGACGCGUACGGCAAGUGCAAGCACAAAAUCGCGAGCGCGUUUGAGAAGACGAAGGAAGCCGUGGCCGACAAGAUCCACGCCGUUGAAGACGAGGCUAAGCAAACGGUGGAUAAAAUUUCGGAAAAAUCUCACGAAUUGAAAGAGGGCGCGAAAAAAGAAGGCCGCGAAAUCAAAGAAGGCGCGAAGAAGGUCAAGGAGAAACUCGAAGACGAGGCCAAAGAGACGAAAGAUAAAAUUUCGGAAAAAUCACACGAAAUAAAGGAGGCCGCGAAGAAAGAGUCCGACGAAAUCAAAGAAGGCGCGAAAAGGGUCGAGGAGGAAGUCGAAGGAGCUCGAGAAAUGGCGAAAGCCGCGAAAAGGGAAGGGGAAAAGGAAUUGGGCGAAAUCGUGCGCGGAGUUCGCCAAAUCGGAGGCGAUGUUUUUAAUUACGUGUUUUCGCGGGAAAGGUGGGAACCGCUUUUCGGUAUAUUGCAUUUGUUGGGGUUUGCAUCGGCCUACGGGACGUGCGUGUGGGUCACGUUUGCGUCGAGCUACGUGCUGGCGGGGAGCUUGCCGAGGGGACAAUUCGGUGUGGUGCAAAGCAGGAUUUACCCGGUUUACUUCAGGGCCGUGGCGUAUAGUCUGGGAUUGGCGAUUUUGGGUCAUGUUUUGAUGAUGGGUCGGGCGGGUUUGUUCCACGGGUUCAAUUUGGCGGGCGCUUUCGGAAUUGUUUUGGCGAACAUGCUUUAUUUGGAGCCACGAGCAGCCAAGGUGAUGGUCGAGAGGAUGAAAAGGGAGAAGGAAGAAGGUGCCGGAAAAGAGGUGGCAACCGAGCCUAGUAGUGGCGGCACACGAGCAACGGGCUCGAUUGCAGAAACUGCAGGAAGAGGUAGUUUGACAGCUGCAGAGAAUCUAGGCCGGAAAGAAAAGCAGCAUAAGAAUGAAGAAGAAGAAAUGGCGGCAAAAGCAGAGCUCGCAAGAUUGAGCGAGAAGCUUCGGGGGCUGAACUCGUAUUCGUCUUUUCUCAACGUUUUGACUCUCAUGUCCCUCACAUGGCACCUGGUUCACCUUGGCCACCGUCUUCAUGCAACAUGCUAUUGA